AGUGAAGACGACAUAGAUUGUUUGGGGAAUAUAAAAAGGCGAAGAAGUUAAAUAUUGAAGCAGAAGUGUAAGAGAAUGGAGGAGUUAAAGGAAAAAGUGAGUGAAGGGGAAGAAAAGGAAAAAAAGUACAGAGGAGUAAGAAGAAGGCCAUGGGGAAAGUUUGCAUCAGAGAUAAGAGAUUCAGCUAGAAAUGGAGCUCGCGUGUGGCUUGGGACCUUUGACACUGCUGAGGAAGCAGCAAGAGCUUAUGAUCGUGCUGCAUUUCAAAUGAGAGGUGCCAUGGCCAUUCUCAACUUCCCACAUGAACACCCUUCUUGCACUUCAUCGUCAAAAACUGAACAUGCUAAACAAGUUGUGGUUUUUGAGUGUCUCGAUGACAAAUUGUUGGAGGAACUCCUUGAUUGUGAUCACAAAAACAUCAAUCACAACUUGGGUAACUAGGAACAUUUUUAAUCCUAGAUUAAUGGUGUGUCUGCAGUGUUCGUGUUCAAUUAAAUAGACCAAUCGCACGAAGUGGUUUUUUGCGGGGACUAUAAAAUUUGAGUAAUUUCACGUCACGUUAAUGUGAAGUGGAUAGUUGGAAGGGAAUUCAAACUUUCCUUUUAUGCAAGUGACGUCGGUUUUGAAUUAUUUAUCAGUUUUAUCGAUAAUUAAUAAUAAAUGAGAAAAAUUAUUCAGGGUUUA